GAUAUGGAAUCACCACGCCUGGUCACAUGUUUUUCUCUGAUGGUGAGGUUUUUUGUGUUUACUCAGUGUUAUUGCAGUUUCACAACGUUAGAUUUCAUAAUUCCCUGCAAACAAUUCUAAUUCCUGAAAAUACGUUUCUUCACUUCCUUUAAUAUAAUACAGUCUGCAGCUUUCUUGAAAUAGAAAUGUAAGAACGCAGCCUAGUUUUAGCAAUGUACACACUGAUUUGUCUUGUUACAUGUGGGGUGUGUGUACUCUCUACAUGGGGCCCUGAUCUAAAAUAACUAAUGUUUAACUGGUUAGCUUGUUGAUGUUGAAUCUCCCCAGUAACACUCAAACCACACUCUUGUUUCGGUAUACUGUACUUCAGGCUAAAUAGGACCAGAGGUAGUAUUAUGGUCCGCUAUUUGUAAUUUGUGCAUUCACUGAAAUUUGACGUUUGGAAAGACAGUUACUUAAAGUUGGACCUGCACUACUAUUUUCGUGGAUUUGAGAUAAUGCCCAACAAAGCCCAAGAGGAUGCUGUGAUUAAUCUAAAGACACUGCAGGAGCUUUCCUUGCAGCUUUGUUUUGAGUGGACAGUCCUGGCAUAUGAGCUUGGCUUUAAAAGAACUGAGAUAGGGCGAUUCCACACCAAAUCCAAAGACAAAAGAGUCCAGGCAAAGAGCAUGCUUGAAAGCUGGUAUGAGAAGUCAUGGGACAAACCCAAUAAGACCAAACUGCUGCAAGACGGACUAGAGCGAGCAGGCAGACGGGAUCUGGCUGAGAAGCUCCGUUGCCUCCACUGGGGCCACCAGAAGCUGAGCCGUAGAGUGGAACUGCCCUCUGCCUUCCCUUUCCUCAUUACUGUGCACAAGACCAUCCGUAACCAAGAGGGGCUCAGAAGGAUUAACGACCUCAAUCGCAAAUAUACCUAAGCCGGAAAGAAAAUGCGCUGAAUCAGCUACAUCCAUUGAUCUUAUUAUAAGUAUGUUUAGGAACCACUGCAAGUUAUCUGAAAUAAAUGUAUUCAAUAUCACUGAAGAGGAUAACUGUCCACUUCCAAAUGAAAUGGCUGAAAAGACAUGAAGAACAUGUUUUUGAGAUGCUCUCUUUUCAAGGCUCCAGAUUUUAAUUGAACAAGAUUAGCCCACGAAGACCCAAACAACCUUCAGAGACCAAAAGCAUCUACUGAUCUAAAAUGUUUACCUACAAAUCCUAUCAAUACAUGUAAAUAACUAGUGUAAAAUACAGU